AUGGCUUUGGUGCUGUCCCUGAUCCGCAGGGUGCUGCAUGACGCUCCUGCCCGACUGCUAGGCAGGCGUUUUGUCUUUUCCUUUGCUGCCGUCGCAGCCAUCGCAUACAAAUUCUUCCACAUAUACUCCCACGUCAACGCUAUUCCGCCACAAGAUCUCCAGCGCUGGGGCUGUUCAUUCUUUUUUCAAGACACCGUUUUCUUGAUCCUAUUGCGACUCCUCAUCGACGGACGAGCUCUCGCCUGCGUGGCCGCCUACUUUCUCGCUUUUCUUUCCAUUUUCCUUUCUUUCCUCAGCGUCACUUUCUUCGUCGCUACCGGAUCCGAGCUACAAUGGCGAAACCUUGCACUAGCAGGUGAUUCCUCCUCGUGGAGCUUGGCCGCCCAAGCACUAUUUGCUGGCGCCCUGGUGAUGGUGGGGUUUCUCAUAGUAGCUGCGGCGACUCAGACGGCUUUCUACAACAUGGCAAGCAUUUCAUGGAGACUUGUUAGCUGGCCGUUCACUGCCAUCAUCAAUCGUAUCAGAGAAGCUCGGGGCCGAGUCACGACCGAGUACAUGCAUAUUCCCCAGAAAGACCUUGAAGACUCCUCACUAGAGUCCGCGGCCUGGAAAGAAGAUGUCGGCGAAAGGACGUCUCCAACUAAAGUUGCGACGACGUAUAAAACAAGCCAAGCGUUGACGAUCUUGGUUGGCGCCAGUCUAUUUCUGCAGCUGGCAACCACCAUCUUUCGACCAGAAGACGCUUCCCUCAGCUUUCUGUCGAGCACAAUUCUUCUGGCGCCUAUAAUAGAAGUCGCACUUUCCUCCAAACCGACGCUUGCAGCCCUGCUCUCCACACCAGGCAGCAUCCACGAAGUUUUAGCAAACGCAACAGCAUUGGCCGAUCCGAUUGAGCUUCCCUGGCUGCCAAAAGGACAAUCGCUUGAUGGCUUCCAAGACUGGUAUGUCGGGGGUAGAGAGCACUACUCUGCAGCUGCAGAUCCGCUCAAGGUAUCUAAUCUUGACGAUCCACUUCUGCCUGAGCUUCGUGGCGCUCUCUCUGACGUGUCCAUCCGCAACAUCGUGCUCAUUAAGCUCGAAAGCACGCGAAAGGACGUUUUUCCUGUCAAAAACAACGGCACUGCAUACAGAAAGCUCGCCAGUACCCACGAGAACAAGACUCUCCCUCAUUCAGCCCACAAAUUUCUGUCCAGCCUCACACCAACGGCCAAGUUCCUCACGGGAGACUAUGAAGAUGGCUUCGAUUCGACAGGGGCGAAGCCCCAACGUGGAGGCAUAAACUUCAACAACGCUUUCACCACGAGCACAUACACACUAAAGAGCCUUACUGGGACCCUUUGUGGUAUUAGUCCCUUGGCGGUCGACUUCAACCAGGAGUAUUACUACGAUAUUUAUCAGCCAUGUUUGCCACACAUCUUGGAUGCUUUCAAUAACAUCAGUCACACCUCAGCUGCCACACGAGACGAAGGUGGAUUCACCUCUAUGCCUUGGGCCUCACAGUUCAUGAUGUCAGUCACGUCAUACUUUGACAAGCAAGACAAGCUCAUGCCUAAGCUCGGCUUCGCAAACGGCAGCGUUAUUGACUGGUGGUUCCUCAAGGACACACCAAAGUACGGCCCCGUCAACAUGACCGAUGUGAAUUACUAUGGUAUGCCGGAGCCUGCCAUCGAGGACUAUAUCCGAAAUGCUUUCAAGGAAGGCAAAGAAAAGAACGAGAGAGUCUUUUUGUCGCAUCUCACGAGCACGACGCACCAUGGCUUCGGCAUUCCUGACGACGAAAAGAACUAUGUUCCGUUGACUGAGGAUGAUGAUUGGAAAGAUCUAUCCCAUUAUAUGAAUGCAGUUGGCUACGUCGACGGUUGGUUGCAAAAGGUUUUAGACAUUCUCGACGAAACGGGUGUGGCUAACGAAACCCUCGUCGUGCUUGUUGGCGAUCAUGGUCUCUCCAUCGCAGAGCGCGGCACUACUACACCCUAUGGCAACCCGCACGUUGCAAAUUACCAUGUGCCUUUGGUCAUCUCCCAUCCAAGCCUGCCCCCCAUUACUGUCGAUGAUGCCGUUCAAUCGAUUCAGAUUUUGCCCACAAUCUUGGACAUGCUGAUUGAAACUGGCUCGCUCUCUCAAUCCGAGAGCGGAGCCGCGCGCGACUUGUUGCGUAAUUAUGAGGGUCAGUCGCUUCUGCGCCCGCAACGGAAGUUUUCUAGUAUCACCGGCCAGGGCUCCUGGCAGUUUACUGUGAUGAAUCCGGGUGGCUCUACAAUCGCAGUCCGCGAUGCUCGUCGGCCCAGCUGGCGCCUAAUUGUACCCAUCAUGUCCAACUACGAAUGGCGCUUCACAGACCUGGAUGAAGACCCGCUCGAAGAAAAGCCCAUAUUGUCGUUCGAUUUAAAAUCAUUGACAAAGAUCUUGGGUGGCGAGAAUGGGACUGAUACGUCCAAGUGGGUAGAAGAAGCAGCCGUUGUGUCGCUAUGGUGGUCAGCUGAAAACUACAAGCGCUGGCGUUAUAAUGUUUGA